AUGCACGCCUACUCGUACAUUCUUUUCCUUGGCCUUGCUGCCUGCCAGUCUGUUCUUGCUGCGCCGUUUGGCUACAGUGACUAUGACAGCCUCUUUGCUCGUGCAGGUCGCCCUGAACUGUACCGAAGCGGAAAUGCGGGUGGGCCGAAGUUCGACAACAUUCGCCCCAAUGAUAUCAAGCCGGUGGAUGGGAAAUACAAGCCUGGUACGGGCGGUAUCUCGACGUUCUCUGACCUUGGUCAGUUGAAGGGCCAGAAGAACAUCUGGGCCCUUCCGGCGUCGGCGGACUUAGGUUCACAUCUCAAGGCUGUCAAUGACCACGACAAGCACUGGUCUAUUCAGCCUUCGACUGAAAUCACCGAGGAGGAAUACAAGUCGGCUUUGACCGCUCUCAACGGCAAGGCGCAGAAAUACGUCGCCCCAAAGAGGCGUGGAUAUUCGGACCUUGAGGCCCGCGAGUACAUCGACUACUUGUUGUGCGCUUAUGUCCCUUUGUUAAGUUGCAACAGUAUUGACUGUUGCUACUUUUAG